AUGACUGGUGAUCUAGGAAGUUUACUCAACAGUCGCGAUUCAAAGGAUUCACGUUCUAUUAAUGCGGUUGUUCACGAAGAAAGAAUCGAUGAAGAUCAAAUACUGACGCCUUUACAACCUCAUACUAUUCUCUUAAAAGAUGGUGAAACUAUAGCAACAAUGUAUCCAAUUCCUGCGAAUUCUAAAUUAUUACCAAUGGGCUUAUUAACAUUUCUAUUAGAUGAAUUCAACAUGGAGAUCGAAAAAGGUGGGACUUUCCCCUACUAUGAAAAAUUGACCUUACAAGAAUUCAAAGAAGUUUGGUUCCAUCCCGAUGGGCACUUAUGUGUGAUGGUACUUGGUGAAGUCCCAGAAUUAGAUUACAGUAGAAAUAAUGAAGAAACAGAACUAAGGAACAACUAUGGCACUGAUGUUUCUACAACAAGGAAUACUACACAGUACAAAAGACGUAAGCAACGUAAGAAUUUAAAUCUAAGCAUUCAAUGGGAGCAACAAUGUUUAGGAUAUUUUUCAAUCCAACCAGCGUAUCCUGGUAGAUCAGCUCAUGUUGUAACGGGUAAUUUUGUGGUAAAUGCAGGUAUUAGAGGUAAAAGAAUCGGUAGAACACUUGUUGAGACAUUUAUACGAUGGUCAAUGAAACUAGGAUUCGGAUCCUGCGUUUUUCCACUAAUUUAUAGUACAAAUGUGGGGAUUAGGAGAAUACUCGACGAUCUUAACUUUAAACAAAUUGGUCAAUUACCAGAAUCAGGAAUUUUAAAAGGAUUUGAUGUACCGGUGAAUUCUUUUAUCUAUGGUCAACAGUUUACUCAUAUUACCAAACACAUGGAUGUUGUUAAAGUUAAAGAUACUGAAAGAAAAGAUGAAAUUGCAAAAUAUGAGAGGCUUAAACAUUACAUUUUAACGGGAACUUAUCCGCCAUCUUGUGAUAGAAACGAAAAAGCUAGAAUACGAGUUAACGCUAAGCAUCAUACUUUAAUUAAUGGUAGAUUAUACACCAAGGGUCGUGAAGUUAUAUUGGAACCUCAAAGACAGCGAGAAAUUGCAUUAGACAUGCAUCUAUUAGAUCAUCCUGGAAUCAAUAAAUUAACAACACAAAUUGUGGAAAAAUAUCAUUGGAAAGGAAUUAAAAGUACUGUAUGCCAGACAAUUGCAAAUUGUCCCGCAUGUAGAUUCAGACAACCGGACGGUGUUGGUGUCGUUGUAGCGCCAUCAUCCCCAGUUAAACAAGCAAGGAUGCUACCAAAUAUGAAUGCAGAUGAUGAGAUGAAUAAUUCAAAUCAACUAUCGAAAGUUGCUGAAGCAGUCGUAGGGUCAUUGCAAAAGCGAGGAACAAGAGAGCCAGAGGAAGAAGAAGAGGAAGAGGAGCAAGAAGAAGAAGACGCUGCGAUAAGCAGUCAAGCGGAAGAGGAAGGGGAUGAAGAACAGGACGUCGAUGUUGAGCUUGAAGAUGAAGGAGACGACAUAGACGCCGAGGAAGAAGACGAAGAAGAAGACGAAGACAGCUUACGAGUUGAGUUAGAAAAUGAGGCUACACCGGCAGAUGAUCAAAUGAAUACGUUCAACAAAUUUGUCGAAGAAGAACGCGCAAGGAAAAGAAGAAAAUACACACUUCCUCUAGAUAGAGAAAGAACGCAUAACAAUUCAAAUUCUUCCACGCCAGGAACAGUACCGGUAAUAGAUAGUAGUACAAUUUUAAGCUUUGGUGAAAACCCACUUACCGCCAGUCAAGAACAAGACAGGAACUUGUGA